UUAACGACUUUUUAAUGUAAAAUAUCCACAAUUCCAAUUGAAUAUUCAUUACGAUUUUAAAACGAAAAAGAUUAACAUCAAAUUUAACACUCAAACGAUUGCGACAAUAUGUCUGUGAAAAUGAGGGAAAUUUUUAUUUUUUCAUUGCUGAUGCUUCACUCUUCGAUCGUCGCGGAUGAGAUUGAUUGUUCGGAUCUCACUUUCUUCUGUACAACUGACAACACGUACCUGCCCUGCUUUUACGAUGAAGUGCGUAAUAUAACUGUAACGGUGAGUGAUAGAAGCGAAGCAUGCCCAUCUGGAACUUUCUGUGACUCAUUGAGUGAUGAACCUUGUAAUGCUGGCAUAGAUUGUAGCGGAAAGGAAUUCUUUUGUCCAACCACUAGCAGCUACAUGCGAUGUGACCGAAAGCCGGAUGGUACCUUCAGAACAUCUUCAAACGAUGUGCAAUUUUGUCCUGAAGAUAUUUAUUGCGAUAACAUUUAUGGUACAGUCGCAUGUGACUCAUCUGUCAUACCUGAUCCUGUACUCACUACUGAUGAAGCAACUUCGGAAUCAACCGAAGCACCAACAGAAACAACCGAAACACCUACAGAAACAACCGAAGCACCUACAGAAACAACCGAAGCACCUACAGAAACCACCGAGGCACCUACAGAAACAACCGAAGCACCUACAGAAACCACCGAAGCACCUACAGAAACCACCAAAGCACCUACAGAAACCACCGAAGCACCUACAGAAACCACGGAAGCACCUACAGAAACCACGGAAGCUCCUAUAGAAACCACCGAAGCACCCACAACAACAAUUGCUCCACCUUUAGGGGAACUAGUUGGAUACACAUGUGCGGGUGCUGGACGUUAUCCUCAUCCAACGGAUUGCCGUCGUUAUAUCUUUUGUGCAGUUUUUGGCUCAACAUAUAGAAAUAGUCAGCGGCAAUGCCCUAACGAACUCGUGUAUCACGCGGAUUCCGAUGGAUGCAAAUUAGACACCACACCAUGCGACAAUAUGGACUUUAAAUGUGUAACGACAGGUCGAUUUGCUGAUCCACUGAAUCCGAGUAAAUAUGUCUGGUGUUUGAGAAUCAGUGGUUCUUUCCAUGCGUUCAAGUAUACUUGUCCCAUUGGAAAGAUUUACGAUGGUAACAAUGCGUGCGUUGAACCGAUUGUAAUUGCUGCAAUCGACGCGUUGGCUGAAGACGAGCCCAUAAACUUGUAUAGCACAAGCAGACGUAGCUUGGCGGUUAGAAAUAACGACGAGGCUGUUGAAGAGUGGUACGUAGAAAGUGAUGAGAUGGUAGCCGAUCGAAUUAGCUUGAUUUCGAAUGAAGAUGCAUCCGUAUAUGCUAGAGAAGCAACCGCAGCACCAACAGAAUCAACGGAAACACCUACAACAACAAUUGCUCCACCUUUAGGGGAACUUGUUGGCUACACAUGUGCGGGUGAUGGACUUUAUCCUCAUCCAACGGAUUGUCGUCGCUACAUCAGUUGCAGUGUUUCUGGGUUAACGUAUAAAAAUAGGCAGCGUCAAUGCCCUAACGAACUCGUAUAUCACGCAGAUUACGAAGGAUGCAAAUUAGACACCACACCAUGCGACAAUAUGGACUUUAAAUGUGUGACAACAGGUCGAUUUGCUGAUCCACUGAAUCCUAGUAAAUAUGUCUGGUGUUUGAGAAUCAGUGGAUCUUUCCAUGCGUUAAAGUAUUCUUGUCCCAUUGGAAAGAUUUACGAUGGUAACAAUGCUUGCGUUGAGCCGAUUGUAAUUACUGCAAUCGACGCGUUGGCUGAAGAUGACCCCUUAAACUUGUAUAGCACAAGCAGACGUAGCUUGGCAGUUAGAAAUGACGACGAGGCUGACGAAGAGCGGUACGUAGAAAGUGAUGAGAUGGUAGCCGAUCGAAUUAGUUUGAAUUCGAAUGAAGAUGCAUCAGUAUAUGCCAGAGAUGAAAAGUAUUCCAGAUUGUGAAGGUGUCUAUAUUUGAAAAGCUUUUAGUAUUUUAUUAUGUAAACCAAUCCAGAAGUAUGAAUAAAAAAUAAUCUUUUAUUC